GGGCUGCUGAGCGCCCCGCGGACCCAGGCGGCGCCCGGUGGACGCGGGCUCGAGCUCCCUCCAGUUGCUUUGUGUUGUUAAUUUUGAAGUAAACGAAUUUUUAAAAAUGAGUGAACUGGAACAGUUGAGGCAGGAAGCCGAACAACUGCGGAAUCAGAUCCAGGAUGCUAGGAAAGCAUGUAAUGAUGCAACACUUGUUCAGAUCACAUCAAAUACGGAUUCCGUGGGUCGGAUACAAAUGCGAACAAGACGUACGCUGAGGGGACACCUAGCUAAAAUCUAUGCCAUGCACUGGGGAUACGAUUCAAGGCUACUAGUCAGUGCUUCCCAAGAUGGAAAAUUAAUUAUUUGGGAUAGCUAUACAACAAAUAAGAUGCAUGCCAUUCCUUUGAGGUCCUCCUGGGUGAUGACCUGUGCUUAUGCUCCCUCUGGUAAUUAUGUUGCUUGUGGAGGCCUGGACAACAUCUGCUCUAUAUAUAACUUAAAGACCAGAGAGGGAAAUGUGCGUGUGAGCCGAGAGUUGCCGGGUCACAUAGGCUACUUGUCCUGCUGUCGUUUUUUAGAUGACAGCCAAAUUGUUACGAGUUCAGGAGAUACAAAUUGUGCUCUAUGGGACAUCGAAACUGCCCAGCAGACCACCACAUUCACGGGGCAUUCUGGAGAUGUGAUGAGUCUUUCUCUGAGUCCUGACAUGAGGACUUUUGUUUCUGGUGCUUGUGAUGCCUCCUCCAAGUUAUGGGAUAUUCGAGAUGGAAUGUGUAGACAGUCUUUCUCUGGACAUGUGUCAGAUAUUAAUGCUGUUAGUUUUUUUCCAAAUGGAUAUGCCUUUGCCACUGGCUCUGAUGAUGCCACGUGCCGUCUCUUUGACCUUCGUGCAGACCAAGAGUUAUUACUGUAUUCUCAUGACAAUAUUAUCUGUGGGAUCACCUCCGUAGCCUUCUCAAAAAGUGGGCGCCUCCUGUUAGCUGGUUAUGACGACUUUAAUUGUAAUGUGUGGGACACACUCAAAGGAGAUCGUGCAGGUGUUCUCGCUGGUCAUGAUAACCGUGUCAGCUGUCUGGGUGUAACUGAUGAUGGCAUGGCUGUGGCCACAGGCUCUUGGGACAGUUUUCUUAGAAUCUGGAAUUAACAGAGCAUACCAUUUUGCUGUUCUCCGUUGAUAUCUGGAGAAAUCAGUGCUACAGCCUAUAGCUGUGAAAAAAAUUCUCCCUUAUAUUUGCAGUUGAAGAUUUUCUAUUGAGAUUACUAUAUACAAAAAGAAGCUUUCAGAGAACUACAAAACAGAAAAAUGAUGGGGAAAAAAAGGCAAAGGCAAAGGUGCUUGCUGAGAUCAAAAGGACCAGAGUAUUGAGUUGAGCUAAUUUAACCUUGAUGAAUUUUUGCUUUUACUCAGUCUGAUUCUGUUUUCUUUGUAUAGAACAAAAUGUACAUUAUAGCAACCUAUCAUGUUUGUUUGCAUUUUUUAAGAACUUCAUUUUUAACUUUGUAUACAUCAGAAAUGCCACGUUUUUGAGUUUAGUAAUGGAGGAACCAGGCACAGUAAUAGAUGGAAGUAAUACCAUAUGUGUCUGUCCUUAUGUUUGAAGAAAGUCUCCUUGAAUUCUGACCUCCCCUUUUCAUCUAAGAGAUCCUGGUUGCUUAAUGUUUAAAGAAGGCUGACAGGUAGGUGCCUGAGGGGAACCCUUUUGAAUAUCAUUAGUUUCUGGUACAUCCUUUGCUAUCCUAUCAAUUUAAAUAAGUGCUCAUUUUCAGUCCUUUCAGAAGAAGAUAAUCUGAAGGCUAGGAAGUAGAGAUUCACUCUGAAACUUAAGACAUGCGUAAUAAAAACAUUAUUAAUAUUAAUAGGUAGAUAGCAAUAAUUGCAUAUAAAUGAAUCUUAGCAUUUUAAAAAGCACAUUAUGUUCAAAUGACACUUCAAGUAAUCCUCUAAAUAGUUGGGCUUUCCUAUUAAUUUCUUAUUCUAGAACUGAGUUUGUAGAGUAUACUCAUUAUUCCAGAACAUUGAUGAACAUUUGGAUAGUCUUUGCAUCUGAAUAAUUUUUCCCCAAUAUUCUCUGUCAGUAUGCAUCUAGAUCUAAGGAAAUAGGACAGCAUUAUGUUUUGAAAGAAGUGUAAAAUAUAGCCAAUCACUAGACCUGAGUAUAGUUAUGACAAGGUGGCUUUAUGAAUUUAUGUUCACAUAUAUAAAAUCUGAAUUGAUGUAAAUUGCGCCUUCAAAUUUUAGAAAGGAAACAUUUAAGCUAUGCUCUUCUGUAAUAUUCCUUUCCUUAGCACAAAAUAUUGAUUUCUAAGUGGUGUGGCUCUGCUUCAAAGAAUGGCUAGAUCCAAGUGGCUUCCAUUUUGAAGCCAAAAGGAAAAUACCAAGAACAGUCUGUAAGGGAGUCAGAGGAAAAUACUAAUCAAUUCAUUCCUCUGCUUGUCAGUGAUAAUAAUAAUGUGUUGUCUAUCACUAGAAUGGGCCCUCCUGGAUUUAAACAAAGAUACCCUCCCCUUUGGAUGUUCUACAAAUAAAUCUAAAUGAUUGACAAUGGAAGACUGUUAGUUUUGCUUGAUGGUCAAGUCACGGGUUAUUCUGACAUGUUAUAGAAGUGCAUUGUUUUGUUAAAUCAGUAAACUGUGUUAGUUACUGUUGAGAUUGGUCUCUGUUAACUUUCGAUCACCUGUAAUCCUAAAUAUUCCCAAGUUUUAUGCCAGUUUUCAUUUUUAUACUGUGAAUGUCCUAAUAAGUGCACCAACUAUAAUGAAGUCAGUUUUAACAUCAGUUGAUAUUAAAGAGAACAAAAUGAAUAAAGGAAGAUUAAGAUAUGGGCCAACAAGACUUGUAGAUGGCAGGCAUGAAUGUAUAUUUAUACAAAGGUUUCUAUGACUCUAUUAAUAUUUGUGGACUAUUUAUAUCAUUUUGUAAAGAGCAGCUCUUUGAGAUAAGGUGAGAAUCUUUUAAAGGAACACAGUCAUUUCCAUCAGAAGCAGCUCUUCGAGAUUAAACAAGAAUAUUUUAAAGGAAUGUAUUCAUUCCCAAAGGGGGUGGAAGAGUUUGCUGUGUAGUUCAGCAAUCUGUCCCAAAUGCUAAUAAAAAAAAGCACUCCUGCCAUGUGCAAAAUAACCUUGUAUAGAGUAUCCCCUCUACUUUGAAAGUUAUUCUAGGAACAAGAACUUUAGAGAGGCACACAGACUAUAAUUCUAUGGUAUUAAAACUAUGUUGAUAAAAAUGAUUUAAUGUUGUUAGUUUUUGUGGAUAGUUUAAAAGCAAAUCCCAUAGUUAAAUAUGUACUAGGUAACUUAACUCUACCAAGACUGUGGCUGAUUCUUAUAUAUAUGACCAAAUGGUGACCUCAUUACAUUAACUUACUAGUUAAACCUUUGCUUUCUAGUAAUAUGGGUUCCAGUUGCUAAAUGUCUGCAGUUUGAGUUCAGCUGAUUGUCUGUUUAAUUGUUGUUCAUGAGAUUUCCUGAAAUAAAAAAGAAUGGUAUAUAAUUUGUAGAAACACUGUAUGGUUUGAAUCUAUUUCUGAAGACUUAAAAAAUAUGGCCAAAUGUAGUUUUAAGGAAUUUGUGUCAUCAAGAAACAGGUUUUAUUUGUAGACUCUGUAAUCACCUCAUAGAGAUCUGACAAGACUUUUUGUUUGAUGCAGUCCCAUUUCAUUUUUUCCUUUCUCUGGCUUCAGUGGUUCUCAACAUUCC